CGGCCAGAUGGCCAGAGUCCUGGGGUCACGGAGAAGGCGGAGCGUCCCCGGCUGCAGGCAGAGCUAAAGCUUCCACGCCUCCGCAAAAGGCAUUUCAGGAGAUGGCUAACUACUUCCCCAUCUGGAGAAUCAUCGCAGGAAAUUGGUGGGGGGAAAAAAGGAGAGAGGGCGAGUCUCGGGAGUGUGGGAGCCCAACUCCGGGGCCUAAAGCCGAGGGGAAAGGGAGGCGGGAGCAAAAGCCAUUCGUAGUUGAGGUAACAGGGAGCAGCUCUUGCCUCAGAAAGAAUCUAGGGCUGGAACUCGCGAGAUCUGGGGUCGCGAUCUCGUUGCGUUGCCUAGCGACAGGGAGGACGCUCGCGGGCCCCCAGACUAAACCCCACUGUAGCCUUAAAUCUCCUACCAUGGGGGAAGAAGGCGGCGGCCGCAGAACAGGGACCACUAGGGAGCGGCAGAAGCUGAAGCAGCAGGCGAUGGAGUACUACCGAGAGAACGACGUUCCCCGCAGGCUGGAAGAGCUACUCAACUCCACCUUCUACCUCCAGCCUGCCGACGUCUACGGGCACCUGGCAAACUGCUUUUCUAAACUUGCAAAGCCUCCCACUAUAUGCAAAAUAGUGGGGAAAAACAUACUGGAUGGACUGGGGCUUCCAACCCUACAAGUGGAAGUAUUUUGCACCAUUCAAAACUUUCGAAAGAAAAUAUGUUCAGUGGUGAUCUCGAGUCACUUUGAAGUCCCUGAGAGCGCUUUGUCUGAGCUGGCUGAAGCGGAGGAGGCAGAGAGGGCCAGUGCGGUCAGCACAGCUGUGCAAUGGGUCAAUGGCCCCAUCACCCACGAGCUUCACGGCCUUGCACCCACCGACCAGGUGGCAGUGGAUCACCUGCUCAGGAUAUUCUUUGCAAAUAAAGUACAAGAAGACAAGGAGAGAAAAGAAUUGGAAAAGUGCCUGGAAGACUUACCUGUGCCUUCACCUCAAUCUCCAACACCACCACUCCCUCCCCCACCUCCUACCAAAAAAAAAGGACAAAGGCAAGGGAGGAACAAUAAUAUUACAGAGAAGCCCAUUCUACCAGCAGAACCCGUUGAACCUGUACUCUGUGGCAGCAUGGCCAUAGGAGCCGUGUCACUAGCUGUUGCCAAAACCAGUGCCGUGCUGGGCAAUAAUCCUCUGUAUUUAACUAUUGCACUACUGAAGCACAAUCAGGAACAGCCAUUAACGCUAACUAUGCCUCUGCUGAUGGUAACUCUGGUCAGCUGCGGGAAGUCAUCACCUGGGAAGCUAAAUCUAAUGAAAGAAGUGAUUUGUAUACCCCAUCCUCAAUUAACAGCUACACAAGGUGUGGAGAUGCUUAUGGAAAUUCAUAAAAAUAUUAUCAAAGUCACUGAAACGCCCCCUCCUCCAAAAGCAGAGACCAAAAAAGGGCAUAAUGGAGGCAAAAGAGGUCAACAGCCGAUCACUAGCAAGAUGUCCCAUCUUGGCUGUGUAACCAUCAACUAUGACACUAUAGAGCAGCCACUACUUCUACUACAGGGAAUCUGUGAGAACUUGGGGCUAGAACUGGGAACAAAUCUGCAUCUUGCCAUCAACUGUGCAGGGCAUGAGUUGAUGGACUAUACUAAAGGAAAGUAUGAAGUGAUGAUGGGCACAUAUAAAAAUGCAGCUGAGAUGGUUGACCUGUAUGAGGACCUGAUCAACAAGUUUCCUUCAAUUAUUGCCUUAAUUGAUCCCUUCAGGAAGGAGGACUCUGAGCAGUGGGACAGCAUCUACAAUACACUCGGUUCCAGGUGUUACAUAAUUGCAGAAACUGCAUCCAAAAGCAUUUCUGAACUUCUAGAGCAUGGAAACAUCAACAUUCCCAAAUCCAACGGGCUGAUCAUAAAACAUACAAAUCAAACUACGAUGUCAGACCUGGUGGAAAUAACCAAUCUUGCUGACAGUAAGAAGCACAUCAUCUUUGGAAGUACAGAAGGAGAGUCAUCUGAUGACAGCCUUGUCGAUUUGGCUGUUGGGCUUGGUGUCCGGUUUAUCAAGUUGGGGGGUCUUUCUCGUGGUGAACGGGUGACUAAAUACAACCGCCUUCUUACUAUAGAGGAAGAACUUGCCCGGAGUGGAACACUGGGUUUCAAUGAAGAACACUUUUUUUUUUACUUUAAUGAGGAAGUGGAAAAGGCUACUGAGGGACCUGAGCUGCUUGAGCCCCUGGAGCCCAUCUACCCCACUGAACUUGCAGAAGAACCAGCCAAAACACAAGCAUCUUCUGGGUCGGGCUGUACACCCCCCAGUCUAUAGCUACACCGUUGGUAUGAUCAGACUGGUCAGUUUGGAGUGUGUCUCUAUAGUGAGUUUGCUCUUAAACGUCACAAACUCCUAUAUUCUUUUUAUUCUUUGAAUUUCACUGUUUGAUAAAAUAUAUAUAUUUUAUAGGUUUUUUGCCAGAAAUUGUAUCUGUGAACCUUGUUUCCCACCCAUCAUUUCCAUGGGGAUUUUGUAUGCAUACUUACUCUACUGUCCAGGAUUCAGGGUCAUGAUCUAGUAAAAGUGGGCAAUAUUUUUGUUGCCAACUCCACACUCUGUCAAACAUUUUAUCCUUUACCAAUCAGAACAUCUCCAAAAACAAAAGCCUAGAAGUUCUCUGUGCCAGGAACAGGUGACCAUCAUCUGUGUUUAUGCCACACAUCUGUGCUGGAAAGCACAGACACAUUUUUACAGCCAACCUUAGGCAGUGGUAUGAGAACGUCACUAUUUUUUUGUAAUAGCCAAACAACUUCAAUCUCACUUUCCUGCCUUUAAUUCCCUUUCCCAAUUCCUUCCUCUUUUUAAAUUUUAGUUUUUCUUCUAUUAUCUUUAUCUUUGUGAGGCUCCUUAUGUCUUUUUUGGAACAUAAGUGGAUAUAAAUGAAUAAGCACAUUGUGAAUGAAUAAAUAUUCUCAAGGUUAUUAAAUGCCCAAUUAUUUAUACUGCAGCUUUUAAAACGUGACUAGCUAGUGAUUAAAAACAAUGUGACACACAUGCUGACUGAACUGCCUCCUUUGUGAGCCAGUGCUGGGGUUACACACAGAAGUACCAGAAAGAAACAUACUCGACCACAGACACAUAGUAAUGUCCAAGUGCUUUAUAUAAUUUAAGGUCUCUAAUAAACGAGUUAUCACUUGUUUUUCCUAAAAAUUAUAUGAAUUGCUAUGUAAUGGCCUGUAGGAGUGGCUAAGUUUAGAUUUCUGAUUUAUUCUAUAUAUUUUUACUAAGCAUACUGAGGGCUUGUCCUUUUGAAGAGUAUUAACAGGGAAACAACGCCCUCUGGUAGCACCAACUCUUUCCUCUCAAAGCUUCAAUUUGAAAUGGCCUGAGAAGUGGUGUCACUCUUAAGUUGGGAGGAUGAGGACGGUGUCACAGUUUGUGGUUGCUACUGCCUCUCCCAAUGCUUGGCAACAAACAAUGGGGCAGGAGAAACUGGAAGGACAAUUCAUCUUCAAGGCAGGACAGACGUAGGUGGGAGUUUAGAGAGCCUUUGCAAAUGUCCUCAGAGAAAGACACACACACACACAAAUGAAUCCUAGAAGUAAUCCUAGAACUGUGACAUAAAUCAUAAUUACAUUAAUGAAACCAGAGCAAAAAUUUGCAAUAACAAAAUAAUGAAAUUAAAUUAAUCAAAGAGGUGAUUUAUUACUUCAACCAGGUCAACAUUUUAUUUUAUUUAUUUUGAGACAAAGUCUCAAGCUGUCACCCUGACUAGAGUGCCAUGGCAUCACAGCUCAAACUCUUGGGCUUAAGUGAUUUUCUUGCCUCAGCCUCCUAAGUAGCAGGGACUACAGAUACCUGUCAUUGUUGUUUAGCUGGCUGGGGCCCAACCCACUGGUAUAUGUGGCUGGCGCUCUACCCACUGAGCUAUGGGUGCCACCCAGGUCAACAUUUCAAUUUCAACAUAUAGCACAGUCUACUUACCUGUCCUAACUCCAGGACCAGGCUCACCAUUGAAUAGUUAGCAUUUUAUUUUUUAGAGAUGGGGUCUUGCUCUGUCACUCAGGCUUACUCUGCAGCCUUGAACUCCUGAGCUCAAGGAAUUCUCAUGCCUUAGCCUCCAGAGUAGCUGGGGCUAAAGGUGCACGCUACCACACUGGGUCUUAUUAUCUUGCCCAGCCUGGUCUCAAAGUCCUGGGCUCAAGUGAUCUUUCUGUGACUUGAGGACAGUGUUGGGACUACAGGCGUGUGGCUUGGCUAGGCAGCAUUUUAAUAUAAAGUUCUUAGAGGGCUAAGCACCAUUUCUAUUUGUAUUUUCUCUCUGUUAUAUGUGAUAAAAGGCAUAAUUACACAAUAAUUUAUGCUAACUAGAAAAGAAAGAAACUAGUCAUAACCUAUAUUAAAAAUGACAAUGGGACGGGGAAACACUAAUACUUAGAAGAAACUUCAAACCAUUCCAGUCCUUAUGGGGGGACUGCUUGACAACCCUUCUAAGGUCAAUGAUAAUGACAAGAGAGUUAUCCACUCCCCACAAUUUACGGGCAUAUAAGCUAAAGUUGCUCCAUAAUCGAUGUGACUAAAACAUGUACAGUAUGCAUUUAGAAGAAUAAUCCAGACUUUGAGACUCUGUGAUACACACUAUCACCGAUGUGACACACAACCUAAAAAUGGUCUGAAAAGUUCACAAUAAUUUUUACCUCUACUACUCCAUUUCCAACUAAGAUUUUACUGUGAACACAGGAAGUAAGGAAGGAGGAAUUACUGGUGAGUCGUCAGAGCCAAAACACCCUCCUUGCUACUCAGGCCGACAAGGCUGAGAGCUAACAGCCUUGUGGCCUCUGCCAGUCAGAGCUUCCCUGCGCCUGAUCAACUAUCAAACAACUGUGGGUGAGUUGAUAUGAGAUGAGAUGCAAAAAUUUUAAUCCAGAAAAGCGGGAGACAUUUUUUUUUUCUUCAACAGCAAUAGCGUGAAGUGCCUCUGCCCCUAUGCAUCACGCUGGCUAUAAAAUGCAUGAAUGUUAAUUUUAAAUGAAGCUCUGCAGCAGAAAAGAUUUAAUUUAUAGUUCCAAAAUGGAAGGAAGAAUAAAUAACCUUUGAGACAAAACAAAAACAUAGUGUUGCAGUCUCUUAGAACUUUAAAUGGGACAGAUAAGAUUCUGUAUGUAAAGAGGAAGGAACUACCUUGAAGAUGUGAGCACUGGUCCUCCUAUGUCUUCCUAUCUGGGAUCAACCCUUUUUGCUCACAACAUCACUCCAGCAGGAGCAAAACCUCCUCAAAACUGAGGUUAAAAGGAAAUACCGUAGUCAGAAAAAGACAGGUAAAUACCCUGCAUCAAAUACCUUUAUGUGAAAUUAAAAUGCUUUGUGAUCAUGGCAAAGGAAAGCAAGCAGCUUAGAAAAAGGCAAGAACACUUCAAAAUACCAGGUACUAAUGGUUACCUGGUCCAGUUAACACACCUCACUAAAUGUGUAACUUCUUACCCUGGAAAUGAGAGUGUUUUUUUCAUAACUAUAUUAUUCUGCUGAUGUGUGUGAUAAAAUACAGAAAGAUGCUGUUCAUACUUUUAUAUUCCUACAUGUAUGUGAGAGGCACAUCAGGAGAAGGAAGGAGA